GAGCCUCCAUUCGCCUUUCCCCCUUCCAGUGGGGUGCCGAGGCUUGGGCAGCAUGACGACGGAGACCUUCGUGAAGGAUAUCAAGCCAGGGCUCAAGAAUCUGAACCUCAUCUUCAUUGUGCUGGAAACAGGCCGAGUGACCAAAACAAAGGACGGGCACGAGGUUCGGACCUGCAAAGUGGCAGACAAAACUGGCAGCAUCAACAUCUCGGUCUGGGACGAUGUGGGCAACCUGAUCCAGCCUGGGGACAUUAUACGGCUCACCAAAGGGUAUGCUUCCGUGUUCAAAGGUUGUCUGACACUAUACACUGGCCGUGGAGGUGAUUUGCAGAAAAUCGGAGAAUUCUGUAUGGUUUAUUCUGAGGUUCCUAACUUCAGUGAGCCGAACCCAGAGUACAGUGCCCAGCAGGCACCCAACAAGGCGGUGCAGAACGACAGCAGCCCUUCGGCCCCCCCGCCUACCACUGGCCCCCCUGCUGCUUCUCCAGCCUCUGAGAGCCAGAAUGGGAACGGACUGAGCACCCCACCGGGCCCUGGUGGUGGCCCACACACCCCUCACACUCCCUCCCACCCACCCAGCACCCGAAUCACCCGCAGCCAGCCCAACCAUACAUCUGCUGGCCCUCCUGGCCCCACCAGCAACUCUGUCAGUAACGGCAAAGAAACCCGAAGGAGCAGCAAGAGAUAGCAAAACACUCUUCAUCCCUGCCUGCCACUGAGCAGACAACCCAAGCGUCUCUGCUGGAGAACAAGACAGCCUUCUACUGGGCUGCUGGCUUGGGGGGAGGCGUAGCGGUAUCUUACCACCAAACUUCAUUGGCGGGGCAAUGAGCAGUGGCCUUAUCCAUUAAGCCCGGGUUCCCCCCUUGUCUAGCUGCAGCUGCCUGUCCCUUGGGAUUCGUGGCACUCUGCCCCCCUUCCUCUUUAGAAGCAACAGUUACCGUCUGUUUCUUGUGUGUGUGAUGUGGGAGGCUAACUGAGAGUCCCCUUUCCUAAUAAAUGUUAUCAUUCUGC